CUUCGCUGUGAGCAACACUGUCCUUGCCAGUCUUGUGCUACGCUUCUCCCGCCGCGAUGGCAGUGUUCCAUUCGACGACUACGUCAUCUGCUGUGCCCGUAUGAAAACUUGUUUCGAAACAUUUUCUUCUUGCGACAAGGCAACCAAUGGAAUGGCUCUGUUUGAUGAGGAUCAGUUCCUUGGAUUAGCAUAA